AUGGGGAUGCCUCCUCUGUCGGCAUACACUUCGUUUGAGUCGCUUCUCUUUUUCCAGUCCCUAGCGACUUCGGAUUCACGACCCUCUAGCUUCGGCUCAAUCUCGACUCUGUUGCGCAACAAUGAGCUCGUGCGCGAGGAUGUUGACUUCGAUGCCGACCGCCUGACCCCGGAGGCGUUGGAAGAUCUGUAUGCGACGUUAAUGCGCGAUGGAUUUGGCCGUGAUGCUGCGUUGUCGGUCAAUGGCCGACCCGCAGAUGGAUCCAGUCCACCUAAUCCGAAAAAGCGCAAGAUCUCCAGUCCGCGACCAGACGGAUUGACUGGCGGAUUCACCCAUACUACCCUUGUUCCAGAACUGGUAGCACAUCUUUAUGCCAAAUACAGAGAUCUGGUCACCAAGGAAAUCAGGGAUGAUGAGAAGCGGUACACGGAAAUCAAAGCGGAGCUGGAACGACUACGCAGGGAGGACGAUAAAGCAGCCGUUGCGGCAGCUAAACCGGUUGAGCCUAUGAAGCCGGUGCAUAUAGAGGCGAAGGGGGCUGAUCUGAAGGAAGAAACGCCGCGUCAAGAUGUCCAAGAUCGAAUAGGUCAACCUCUUGCGGCGACUGUCCCGCUCGCGCAGGAAAAGCCAAAGCCUGACCAACCACCACAGCACAUUGCAAUAAACGUGCCCUCAAACGAGCGUCUAAAGCCACAAGCUGCUCCUCCUGUCACUCAACACCCCGCCCCACUUCCCCAGGUGCAAACCCCAACUCCCAAACCUCAAGGAUUAGCCGGGCAAAUAUCUCAACCGCAACCGCAACCCACCGUCACUCAACCCCUACCAAAGCCGCUUAUCCAACCUCCGCUUGCCCCCUCUACCCAGAGAGCUCCUCCAACUACACCAGCCGGGCCUCGAAUUACACCGGCACAUCCGUCGCAAAUCGCCCCCCGUGCUAAUCCUCCACCACCUCCGUCAAGCAUUCCAGUCAAGGCUAGCCCUUUAGUGCCAGCCUCCCAGCGAACCCCUGCCCAACCGAGUUUUCAGCAAUGGCAGCUUGAUCCUUCUCCCCACUCGCCAUAUCCCGCCGUCUCCCCGGGUACCGUUACACCCGGACAAGCAGCUCAGACUACGAAGCGACCCUUACCACAACCUUUACUGAACCAGCCGUUGCCAGGGCCCCAAACCCAGGCUCCCUUUCAACCUCAUGUUCCACAUACACCUAGCGCCAUCCCCCCUGCUGUUCACACUCCUGUCCCAAUUGGGCGCCCCCGUAUUUCUCAAACCCCGAGUUCUACAUUCCCCUCAUUCUCCGAAUCGCGAGCCUCUCAUCCACGCCUCUCAAUUGACACGCAGGGUUCCUCGACCCCUUGGAAGAGAACUCCUCGUGCGAGCAUUCCGCAUUCUCCAAACUCACCGGUACGACCACGACCAGAGGAUGUUAGUCCCAUUAGCCAGCGAGGUCAAUCUCCAGAGGACAAGAAACUGCGACGUGGUCAGCCCGAGAUCAAACCUGCUACGAUUAUAAAGACCGAGAAGUCGGUUCCAACUCGAAGGACGCGUGCCGUGAGCUCGGCCUCCUCCCGGAGUCGCGGGCGAUCCAUCGCUUCGCGUGAUGGGUCUGUUGCACCGUCGGAAGAUACUCAGCGGGAAUAUCGGCCAACAGGCCGCCGGAAAGGUGCAGUUGCAACAGCUGAUGAUGAGACUCCUAAAGCGCGGACAAAGCGUAAACGCGGAGCAAGUGAAGCACUCGAGCCAGAACCCCACCCCGCAGAUAUUCCAAAAUUUGACACAACCCGAUAUGUCAUGGCUACACGCAAUUUCCACCGGACUGCGGCGCCGAUCAUGAACGAUGUAGCUACGCACAAGCUCGCAUCCAUCUUCGCCAAACCAAUUGGGGAGCGCGACGCCCCUGGCUACCACGACCUCAUCUAUCGUCCACAAGAUCUCAAAUCCAUCAAAUCCGCCAUUCAUCAAGGAAGCAAAGCCGUCGCCACCGCGGCGGAAUCAGUCAGCACCCCAGCUGCAGAUGGAGAGUCACCUGUUCCUGGCGGCACGCCCUCAAAAGGCGGCGUGCUCAUGUUGCCAAAGAAUGAAGACUUCAUAUCACCCAAGGGCAUUGUGAACUCCGCACAACUGGAGAAAGAAUUGAUCCGCAUGUUUGCCAACGCUAUCAUGUUCAAUCCAAUUCCCCAGCGAGGAUUCGGCCCCGCCUUCCCCAUGUCUAGCGAUCGUGGCUCGCGCGAAAGCACUCAGAUGGGCGACGUCGAUGAAGGGGGUAUCAUCCAAGACUCGUUGGAGAUGUUUGAGGAUGUUCAACAGGCUGUUACUCGGUGGCGGGCUGCUGAACGCACCGCUGAUGAGUUGGCCAAUAAGAAUGUCCUCUCUCUUCGGCGUGGUAGCGCUAGUGAUUUCAACACUGAUAGUGCUGAUGAUGUGAAGGGGUGA